AUGGCAGCUGUAUCAAUUGAAAUGCGUUCCCUGAUGGAAGGAGGUUCAAGUACUGAACAAAUUGACGAGGCCAGGCUGUAUAUACGGAACCUUCCCAGUCAUGUAGCAAGACAUACAACAUCGACUGUUAUGAGAAACCAAGUUACAACAAGACGAAAAAGCCGUGGGACUUCUGUAAAACGAUCGGGGGCGCUGAGAAGACAAGGUAAACGCGAUGAUACCCCGACCACGGCUUGGAGCAGCGAUGGUGAUCAGGAGCCAACGGCAGGACCGAUUUCAUCGACUGAUGAAGAAGUGUUGGAGAAUGUCGACUUUAAGGCUGUUCCGCUACCCAUGUCUCUUAGACGACGAUAUAAGCAGUCACUUAGGGCAAGGGCUCCUAGGAGAGUUUCAGGGUGGAAAGUUUUUAUAUUGAACGUGGCAAUGGGAUGGAAGCACUUCCAGACCGGUCUCAAAGAAUGCAUUUAUUCUCUCGAAUUGUGGCGAGGUCAUCUUAAAGACAUUGAAGGGCAAUUUGGAAGCGGGGUGGUUUCGUAUUUCGUUUUCCUUCGCUGGCUCAUGUUUCUGAAUUUAUUUGUGUUUCUGAUCGAAUUUGGAUUUGUUUCCCUACCAACACUGUUGAUUUGUACAGACGCGGGCAGUGACAGCGCAAUUAAUGUAACGAGCUGUAAAUAUGAGGUUAAUUAUGCGGCCAAAAAUGGCUCAGACGACUCGACAGGUAACAGCUUUUCAACAAUGGUGUUAGACUUUAUCACUGGUCAGGGAUGGAUUAGUAACACUAUCAUGUUUUACAGCAGCUAUCCCUCUGAUGCUAUUGUAUCUCAAGAGGGAGUCAGAUACCAUUUACCAUUAGCAUACCUUCUAACGGGUGGAGCUUACUUUCUCUCUUGCCUUGUGAUAAUGAUACACAGCGCAUCCAUUGGGCUAAAGGAGAGUUACAUUAACAGCGAGGGCGUUUUCAAUUCCUCUUGCAACCGUUUGUUUUCCGCUUGGGACUACUGCAUCUCUGAGAAGAGCGCCGCGAUGCACAAGAAGCAGAUGACCGUGCAGGAUAUUCGCUUCGAAUUAGAAGAAGAGGCAAGAUUACUUCGAGUGCAAAAGAGGUCUAGAAAACAGAAAAUGGUGCUCUAUGGGACGAGGACUGUCAUCAACUUGUUUAUAGUUCCGGCCUUGUGGUAUGUUUCAUUUGUACUCGUGGUUGGAGUUAUCAUUGGCAAGAAAGUUACAGAGGAAGGACGCAGUAAGGUUGAGCAGAUGCUUAUAAGGUAAUGAUAAUCAUUACUACAUAGAUUUUUACCCAAGGCUAAAAGCGCAGCUCUCGUUAAUAUCUCAAGCAAAAAUAAAAUUGUUUAUAACGGCGACGGCAACAAGAACGGCGCAAAAACAAAACAAAGCAAAGCAAAAAAAAUAGACUUUGUAAAAGUCCUUUAUUUUUUUUCCUGACUUCGUCGCUCGCUCGCUCACUGCGCGACCUCAUGCUUUAAAGCUCGCUCCGCUCACUUUUAAGAACUUAUGAGAGGUCGACUUGUAGCAAGUCUAGCGAAACAACAGCAAAAAAAAAAUUGCUCUAAUUAGCAAAAAGACAACUUUGCACGUGCAGCACAAUUUUUUUGUAAAUUUUUUUGCGGCUGCCUAGUUUAACCAGGAAGUUUUACGACGUAGUCUAAUAGACGUUUUAUGGAGUAUGUUCCUGUCUUUUUUUCCACUACCGCUUAUUCUCACCUUGGUGGCCGCUAGCAUUCAGUCUCAUUUUCUCACCGCCGCUAUAAAAUUCUCAUGUGUCUCUUCCAACGAAAUUAGUCUUCUUUUGUUUUUUGUCUCUCACUCGCUCUAGCUCCAUCUUUGCUACCCACGUCUGUGUAGACACUGAAAUUUAGUCGAAAAACAACUCUACUUUGUUGUCGUUUUUCCCUCUAAAAGUCCGGGCGGCCAUGUGAUUUACGUGAAUUUCAUCCCAGCUCACGUGAAUGGGUGGACACGGGACGUACGUACGGAGGAUUUUAUCAGAACCCAAAUUUCUUGGAUGUACUCUCGCCGUUCUCAUCUCCUACUUCCUAUUUUGUCCCAAAAUCGAUAUUUUUGUAAUAUAGGAGUACUAAGAAACAUGAUCAGGAAAAAAUUGGGGGAAACAAAAAUUCCUGAAUUUUGCAGGCAUUUUCACGAGAAAACGUUGUUUAAUUUAUUUCUAAACUAUAUAACUGUAAAAAGUUCAUCCUAAAGAAACCCCAGGAUCUUAAGAAUUGCUAUUACAACUGCGUGAUCAUAUCUUCAUUUAAAGAGGCUGUGUCUCGCUACUUGCUAAAGUCGUUUUCAAAAACUGAAAAAAAUUUUGGCAUUAAUUUAAUUCCAUAAACAGUGCCUCAGUUUUGUUACCUCAUCACUUAUUUUCUCGUGAAUUUAAUUCGCGAAUUUGGAAUAUAAAUAUUUCGCGGUACUCAAAUUUCGCGAUUCUGACGAAUCAUCGUUUUUCAAGGUAAUUACAUUUCGCGACUGUCAAGUACACUGGUGCUCGUUUUUUACACUUCCAUUUCCAUAAUGAAAUAGAAACGCAAUAAGCAACGGCCGAAAUGUUCAACAAUGUCAGCAACAUAACAUCUUUUAAAAGUACACUGAUAUGAGCAACCAAGGCACCAAUCAUUCAGCAAGAUUAAUCAGAUGAUGAGGAAUAAGGACAUGCGUUGAACUUAAAUUUGAGCCAUCCUACUCGAAUGUACUCCUUGCAGACGGAAAACGUAAAUAAAGGUUUUUUAUAUAUAGGUCACUAAACUUCGCGUCUUUAAUUUCGCGAAUUUUUUUUUAAUUCGCGAAAAUUAAGCCUCGCGAAAAUAAGUGAUAAGAAGGUAUUAGACUAUAUUUAGGCAUAGAAACUGUUUUCUGUCGACUGGUAAGGAUGGACGACACGUGGAUUGAAACUUGAAAGAGUUGGCCAACUCAAUAUUUCAAGUUUUAAUGCUAUUCCUGCUAAAAAUCUUCCAAAAAUUUUUUAUGGUAAGUUCUCCCUGAUGAAAUUUGUUUAAAAUACCUUCGUCAUAACUCUACAGAAACCUUUGUUGUAUUGGUAAAGGCAACAAGCAAUGACUUACCAGCGCAAUUGGCCCUAUAAUAUACAACUAUCCCCGAAGGGGAGUUGAAUAGUGGUGAAAAAAUAUACCGAGACGCGAAGCGUCGAGGUGAAUAUGUAGCGCUGUUUACCGACCUGAGAGGAAUAGUUGUUUUAGUGUAUACCAAAUCAGUGGGAUAAAAAUGGAAAAAAAGUAACUUUUUGUAAAUUAAAAACGUCACUUUAUAGUUAGUAGGAAGUUUGUUUACAGUUUACAAAGAUUUCAGAGAUUUUGUCAAGUGCAUUUCUACGAUUUUGUUUAAAAAAUAGUUUUCUACCUACCAGUAAACACCGACAAGGUAAAGUUCGUCGCUUUCUUGGUUUUUGUUUGUACGACUGCUUCAUUUAUCGCUCAAAUUUCGUCUUCCGAAAAUGUCUCGAAACGAGACGCCAUCUUGGCUCCGGUCGCAAAACAGUGAACAGCCAAGGAUAUUCCAAGUUAUGGGAGCCAGCAAUCACAACUCGCGAAAAGUGCUAUUCACUGAUUGGUAAAUAUUCAAACAGAAUAUCAGGCUCAUGACAUAGCUCCUUUAUAUUUGUAUUUCCAGAGUUCACAUGAUUUAUCAUCUUCAGUAUUUAUUAGAUUAUAUACGUUUUUCACGGAUAACAAAAGGUUCUUUGGAAAAGAUCAAUCUACGACAAUUGUGGUUUUAAUAUUGUGCCCGCCGCUCUCGUUCUUAAUACUACGUAUACGAAGAUGUUUCGCCUAUGUGAGUGACAUAUUUGCAUAUAGCAUUGCCAAAGAAAACUGGUGCCUACUCUACGCAUAUCCACGAGUUAAAAGGGAUAUAAACUCGGGCAAAAAAAGACACUUUUAUGCUUAUUGUGGAACAGAAAGUUGUUCUAAAGACGAAGUAACAUAUCUGCCUCAAUCACUUAGCUUUCAGUUGCAAUACAGUAGACGAAAUGUUAAUGUGAAGUAUGAGUUUUGUUUUUUGAAGAGGAAAGCAUCGCAAGGCCUUUUUAAAAAGGCAAUAAACAAUUAUAUAUUUUCUCCUAGUUUAUCUAUAGUGCGAGCUAAAUUCUUUGCCCUUUUUUGACUUUUUCUGCCCUUUUGCAACAGGGAAAAUUCUAAUACUUAUAUCGGCAUCUUUAUUUUUAUAGGUCUUCUCUGUCUCUGGCCAUCACGAUCCCUAAUCUUAUUCUGCCCCCGCUUUUCGAGUUUCUGUCCAUGUUUGAAGACUGGGGUCCAAAGUUUGAGCUGGGGCUUAAUCUGCUGAGACGAAUCCUUGUCAAGCUUCCUUCGGUUGCAGUACUGAUGAUCCUGUUGUAUAAAGAUCUUAACGAUCGUAUACAGGACAGCGAGAGUUUGUCCUCCCAUUGCCAACAGUGCUGGGAAAACGAGAUCGCGGCGCAGAUGUACAUGCUGGUGUGGGUGGAUUUUUUCGUGGUAUUAUUGAUCACCCUCGGACUUGAGACUCUACGGAAGUUUUUAUGCAAGAAAUGCAGAUGCCUUAGGGAGAAAGUUGGUAUUACCGAGUUCGACAUCUCUCAGAAUGUCAUUGACCUCGCCUACGGUCAGUGCCUUAUUCUUAUUGGCACGUUCUUCAGCCCCAUUCUUCCAAUCUUAGGGGUCCUGAAAAUGAUCGUGUUCUUCUACAUAAAGAAAGUGAGUCUUUUUUAUAACAAUCGCCUGCCAGACAAACCCGUUCAAGGCGCAAGGCUAAGUUCGAUUUUUGCCCUUCUAUUGCUCCUCACGUUUUUCAUGUGUAUUGGUCUUGUUGGAUGGGGCGUAACCAGAGUACCAACCUCUUUCUGUGGUCCAUUCAAGAACAAGGAAUGCGACGCCAAUAGGUUCAUUAUUGACGAGCUUUCAUCUGCUGUGUCAAGCUGGCCUGGGUGGAUUCACAAGACAUUACGGUUUAUGCGUUCAGCGGCAUUUCUCCUACCCGUGUUAGUUCUGGUAAUCUCUCUCGUGUUUUACUAUAGAUCCAUGACGCAAGAGCACAGCCGUGUGAUUUCCAAGUUGAAGUAUCAUCUUGCUUUGGAAGGUAAAGCAAAGAAGCUUCUUCUUUUAAAGCUGCUUUCGUCCCGUGAAGAGAAAACUGAGGAACAGGAAAGUGUAAAAUAUAACGAAGACGACAUUCUACUCAUGUCUUUGGCUUUCUAA